AUGACGGGCAAAGCGGGCGACGCGCUCGCCCACAGCCUGCCCGCCAAACUCAAAGCCCCCGACGGCGCGCCGCCUGCUCCUCCUCCGCCGCCGCCGCCCACAGCCUCGGGCCCCCCAGGGGCGGCAGGGGCCCCGGUGGGCUCCGUAGCCGCGGGGGCCAAGCCCGUCUCGGGCCCCGCGGCGCCUCGCUGCACCGGCUUCGGCAUCCAGGAGAUCCUGGGCUUGAACAAGGAGCCGCCUUCGCACCCUCGCGCGGCCCUGGACUCGUUGCCCGCCGGCCACCUGCUGGCGGCCCGCUCCGUGCUCAGCCCCGCCGGGGUGGGCGGCAUGGGCAUGGGCUUGCUCGGCGCCGGCAGCCUGCCCGGCUUCUACGCGCAGCCCACCUUCCUGGAGGUGCUGGCCGACCCGCCCGGCGUCCACCUGCAGCCGCUGGGCCGAGGCCCCGCGCAGCUCGACACCAGCCAGACGGCCAGCUCAGGUAGAGGCAGAGCCGUGGGGCGAGCGAGGAAGGGGGCAGCCGGGAGAGAGAGAGAGAGAUCCAGCCUCAGGAAAGCGGGAGGCCGCGGCUGCAACCCCGGGAGGGAGCCCUCCAGGCUGGGCAGCCCCGCACAGCCGACCCAGGAGGGAGACUCCCAGGUCUGAAGGGGUGGUCGUCGUCCCCCCCGCCACCUUCGGGCCAGCACAGGCUCUUCUUGCCUUCCCAUCGCCAGCGAUCUCCGCUUCUUCCAGAUCGCGGCUUUUUGAGAAAGUGACCCAGCAGCUGCUUCCCCAGACUGCGGUCAUUAUAAAAGCAUAACGAAAUAUAAUCGACGGGGGCCAAGGAGAAGGGGGCGGGGGCCUCCGGAGGCAGGGAGAGGGGGCGACUUUCGAACACAGGACCGGGCGCUGGUUUCCAUCCUUUUGAAGGGAUGAGAUCGAAACGCGGGGACCGGCGCUGUUGCAGGUAGCGCGGUCGGGGCUCAAGGUCCCGAUUUGUUACCAUAAGCGCCAAGGGAAUAAAAGGAAAUAAUAUGAAAAGCAAUGGCCGGUUUCCAAACGAAUAAUAGUAAUAAUAAUACAGAAUAAUUUUAAACGGGUAAAAAUUAGGAGAAACGGCAAAAGUUGUUAUUGUAGAGUGUCUAAUAUAUAAAUACCCUUCCUUGUGUUCCAGCUCCCCGGUUCAAAGUCCAUUUUUUCCUUGCUCUGUCUUUUAAAUAUAGGAGCGAUAAGAUUUAGUAGGAUCCCCAAAAUUGCAAGCUUUGGGGCGAUGCGCCAUCGACUUUUUAAAUUCAUAAAUACUUUUUUUCUUUUUUAAAAAAAUGACAUUUCGAAGGGGGAGAAAUGUCGCGUAAGGCUUGGAAACGAAACUGGCCUUCGAGUUUGGAAGGGAGAAAAGAGGAGCCAAGAGCGCGCAGAGAGCGAGGCGUCCUCGGGAUGCAAAGCGCUGCCAGGGGGAACCCGGCCAGGGAACGAAACCUGAGUCGAUCGCACGAGACCAGCGCCCCGAUCCCCCGAUCCGGGGAAAUCCGAAGCGAGGUCUGAGUGCGAGACUCCCUCGCCUCGCACCCCGGAGCGUCUCGGGGAGCCGGGAGGGGAGACUCACCCGAACACACACACCCUCCAGGAGCUCUGGUCCCCAUCGCUGCCGCCUUUCUGUGUCCCCAGAUUCCGAGGAUGUUUCGUCCAGCGACAGAAAGAUGUCCAAAUCCUCGUUAAGCCAGAGCAAGAAGCGGAAGAAGAGGCGGCACAGGUAAGGCGGACGCUGCUCGGGAGCCCUGCGAGGCGGAGAGGGAGGAUCUCCCCACCCCCACCCCAAUUGCCUGGCCUGCCCUCCCAGUCUCUACCUUUGGGCCUCAGGAUCCAGGGAGUCAGGAUCGAGCCCCCCAUCACCUUGUGCACGCGGGUGGGUAUGGGGCUGGGGGAACGACGACAGAGAAGGGAGCUGCAGAGAUGCGCCAAGGAGAGUUGCGCCCUUCUCUGGGUCCUCCAUCCCAACGGAGUCCUCUGUCUCCUCCACCGGCAUCUCUUCGGAUGGACCCGAGGCGCAGCUCAAGGAGGAGGCCGCGCUUCUCAAGGCAUUUGUUCUGCCUUUGGGUGCUGUUUUGUCUUGAAACCUCCGACCCAAGAGAGGCCAGGGGGGUCGCCCUGGCUGAUCCGACCGGCUGCACGGUGGCACUUUCCCUUCUCCCCGUGAGCCGCAGUUCUCCUUCCCCCUAUGUUGUAAUCCGUCUUCCUUGCCUAGUGGUCCAUUGUCAUAAAAGACGCAGCAACGGGGUGGGGUGGGGAAGCUGUCCUCGGAGACCUCUCUCUGCAUUCCUCAUUCUCCAGGGAUCUCUUGGGCUGUUUCUUUCUCUCUUUUAAAAAACGAAAUAAAUUAGGGAAUUUUUUUUGCAUGUGUUGGGACCCUUUAAAAAGCAGUGCUUUGACCCAACCGGAAUCUCCUGGUGGUUGUGUAUGUGUGUGUGUGUGUGAGAGAGAGAUGUUAUUAUGAAAUGCAUCCUAUAAAAUGAUAUGGCUGGCAUCUGCUCAGGAAAACAACAACAACACGGGAGAUCAAGGGUGGUUUGUGCGAUGAAUUUAUAUUCCUCCUCCCUCAGCAAAGAAUGCUGCUGCAAUUUCCGUGACUAGCAAUAAAGUAUUCGAAAUGUUCCGCAAGCUGACAGGACAGUGCAAACAGGAGAUGUGGGAGAGAGGAAAGGAAAGUGAAGAGGUCUUUUGUGGAAGUCUAACCUCCCUUCCCAGAUCUGUCACAGUCUCAAGAGGGGCAACUUGUCAUUUUGCCCCCAGGAAAGGGGGACGCGGUCCUCUUUCCAGAAGUAGCUGCGUUCGUCUCUGGUAGGACUGCAGGGGUGGCCAGGAAAAUAUUCCCAAGCGAGCCAGUGGCAAUCCUGUUAUUCCUGAAAUUCAGGACAAUGGGACAGCAAUGCAUCUGUUCGGACCCGGUUUGGGGAAAUAAUUAGAUCAAUUUUGCUAAGCGGCGAAGUGCCUGUGGAUCACGAGAACUUUCCCGUGAAAGGUUGGCUAGAAUGAGGAAAAGGGCAAAUUAAGGGUUCAAUAUUUCCUUAAGCAGUGCAAUUGCCGUGGCAAAGCGGAUGCUUCCGUUUGACUGAUGAGGUCAAAGCAGAUGGGGGACAAGAACUUCCCAGAUGAACUGGACUGAUACAAGCGAGUGGGUUGGUUCGCCGUUUAGAUCCAGGUUAAAAUCGAAGCACGUUUCCUUUCUGGAUCCAGAAAAGAGCUGGAAUCAAGUGUUGAAUUUCUUAGUGAUUUCAGGAGUGGCUUUUUCUUCUUCCAAUAGGUGUACAGUAUUUACCUUGUCCAGUAUAUUUUGUUUUUUAAAAAAACAACAACAAUUAAUUCACCUAUAAUUAAAUACUUCUCCAACAAGUAGUUGCAAAACGGAGAGACACUAGAAAUGUCUCUGUUACUGAGGUUUGUUGGUACAAAGUGGACUAAGGUGACUUUUGAAAAAAACGAAAUUUAAGUAUGCAUUUCAGAAAGACGCAUUCUGCCAUUUAUUUUUGACAGGAAAACUAUCCUGCAAGAAAAGUGGGAGAGUUGUGUUGUCUCCCCCCUCCCUCCCCCAGCAAUUUCCCCAAAGAAAUAGUCUUCAAAUUGCCUGGAGAGAAGGAUAUCGAAUGGUUAAACGAGUUUGCUGUAUUCGUAUUGGCUGUGAUUCCGUUUGGGGGGGGGACACCCCAAACUCUACCAGUUAAAGAACUAAUACAAACGCUUGAUCGUAGAAUAUGUCCUUUGUAUUAACAAGGUCUUUUUGUUAACACUGUUACUGAUCCGAUACAGUGCGUUAGAUUUAAAAUGCUUGGAGGUGAUUUGAGAGCAUUGGAAAUUCGAAGACUACAUUUUCUUUUAUUUUUACUGACUUGGAUUUCUUUCUCCUCUGGAUGCUAUAUUUCUUCAGGGGUGCAGGUGUUUAUUUCAUAUUUCUUUGGGCUUGCUUGCAGCCGUGUGUACACACACACACACACACACACAGAGAGAGAGAGAGAGAGAGAGAGAGAGAGAGAGAGAGAUGAACUACAAUAUUGUAAUGCAGACUGCUUCCUUGGUAGAUUAAUCACAGAACCAGAGGACUGCCAUGCAUCAGAAAUUGGUGCGGAUAGCCUAAUGCUCAUUCAGAUUUGCGGCACAACAGGAGCAUGAAAGGAACCUGUCUGCUCUGCAGGCAUCUUUCUUCAACUCCAGUUGUGCUUCCGUUUGUUUCCAGUCCCAGACAAUCGUUUUGGGAGUGUGCCUGUCUGUGAGGAGGACUUUGGAAUAGAUAAACGUGGGAGAAGUGUGUCCUUGGUAUGAAAUUCGUUGUUUUGAAGAGGUGGAAGUCCUACUUACUAUGCUGUUCACAGCACAGCACAGCUGAACUGCUGACGGCACUGGUGGUACUUACUUAGGUUGUAAAGUGUUAGGGAAUCUAUAUGGUGCUCAGGUCAUUUAUUAAAAAAAGGAAGACUGGCAGAUGUGAGAAAGGCUGGGCACUUUCAACAUUAUAAAAGAGGGGACGGUGUUGUUACCCAUCAAUUUAAAUGCCAAACAUAGCAUGCUGUGCACUAGUGUUGAAAUAAUAUUUGCACCUGAAAAUGCUGAUAUGAAUGCUGCAUUGCAAAAAAGAAAUAAAGAAAAGCAAAUAAUGGUUUUUAUUCUUUAAAACUUGCAUUUUGCCAGAAAAUCCAACCUUCCACAUGAAGCCACUCCCUAUAGGUAUUGACAAGCAAAACAAAGUCUUUUCAACUUAAAGCAUGUCUUCUGACACUGAAAACUACAUCUUACAGAAUUAAGAGUCACCAUCUGGAUUCACACUGUUGGGUUUGAAUGUAGUGAAUUUGCCAGAUUUUGUUAGGGUUCUGCUUUAGUGUUACAUUUCACAGAAGUACUGCUAAUAAUAAUAUGGAAGUAAUUUUUUUAAAAGAUCCAUAACUCUUAUCAGUUUAGUUGUUAUUGUAAUAGCAACUAACCAAAUCAGCAAGCCAGCAUCCUUAUUGUUAUUUUGCUAACAUAUAACAAAAGAUUACCUUUAUUUUUAUUUUUAUUUAAAAAAGAAAGGCAAAAUGAUAGUCUGAAGAACAUAACAACAAGUAGUUUAAUUCUUAACAUGUGUGAUUACCAAUAGAGAUGUACAUAUAUUUCGACACUCUAUAGUUAAGAUAUAUAUGUGAGAAACUGAAUCCAGUCUAAAACACAUUUAUUUGAUAGCAAGCACUACUGACUGCAAAUGAGCUUACAUCCUAGUGAGGGUGGUUAGGCUCAUAACCCAGAGAAGCAAAGACUGAUUCUAUCUGCAAUAGCAUUCUAUUUACAAUAAAAAAACCAUAGCAUAUAUACAGUGGGAUGGUAUAGAUGAUAAACAUGUAUGCCACUCUGAAUUAUUGGUGGGGAUACUGAUAUGAAAAAUAAAUUUAUAGGGACUCCACAUUUUUUGGCUGUAGAAGCUGAGCUGGUGUUUGGGGGUGCUACUUCUUGUCCCCCCCCCUCCUGUGACUUUCUAUGAGGUGGUUCUUUCCCCUAAUUUAAAUCUUUUGAGUAGCUUCUGCUACAAAUGGGUUUGUUUUUGUGACGUCUUUCUUGACAAUGAACAGAAGCAGGAAUCUAAGACUACCCAUUUACCGUAUCAAAGUUUUUUAAAAAAAAUCAAGUGCCACACUUAUUUUUGUUUAAGUACCCUCACCCUUUGCCUCCUUCUGAAUAAUAGCCCCAUUCUCCAUGUGUUGAGAGAUUUGCUUUUGUCUCCCACUUUGAUUUGUUAAUAUACUUUAUGGAUAGGCCUUCGCUUUCAAUUCAGCUGGAGGGCUUUGGAGACAUAGUUAAUUCUUCCAUUUCAAUAAAUUGGACUUGAAGCUAGCCAUUUUAUGCACACUUACUUGAGAGUACCCCACUGAGUGAAGAGGGAUGCAGCAGACAAAAUGUGGGUAGGAUUCGACAGCAAAGUGCUUACCUUUGCUUAUCAUAACCAUGGUGAACUUUCUCUCUCUAUGUACCUUUACUUCCUAUGGCUUUUGGCUAUCCAUCUGUAGAUACAUAUAGGAGGCAACAUGGUGUAGUAGUUAGAGUGUUGGGACCCAACCUGGGGAACCAAGGUUUAAGACCCGACUUGACCAUGUAGCUCACUGGGUACAUGGUCCCAGAGUUGUUGUGGGAGAGGGAGAACAAGUUUGCCACCUUGAGCUAGUUGGAGGAACAAGAUGGGAUGUAAAUGCAAUAAAUCAAUAAUCAAAUAUAUUUUACCCACUCUCUAAGCUUUCCCUUUGGUCCUUCACCCGUUUAGGUUAGUCCAACAUUUAGUUUCAUUUUUACUUUUUCAUCAGUUAGUUUUGUUUCCUUCAGGACAAUUUUCACAUCCUAUCAACUGGAGGAACUGGAAAAAGCAUUCAAUGAGGCCCAUUAUCCUGAUGUCUAUGCGAGGGAGAUGCUGGCAAUGAAAACAGAACUUCCUGAAGACAGGAUACAGGUAAUUGUACUGCUAUGAGACCCCCAUGAUACUAAUUUUCCUUUUCAUGUUCUUUAGUUUCUUCAGAAAGGACAAUGUAUCUUUUUAGACAGAAAUAGAGUGUCAACCCUAAACAGUUUUCUUGCAACCCAGAUCCUCAAGAGCUAAUUAUCAACUGUGCAUGAGAAAAUAACCCUCAGUUGGUAUGGUUUUUUUGUGUCUCAGGUUGCAUUGUUUGCUCCCGAGUUUAUAGUAAGAUGUAUUAUACAGGGAGACAUGUAAGCUAGAAAAAUCCUGAGAAGGGAAGUGUAGUGUGGGAAGAAGGCUAAAAGUAUCCUUGUUGAAGUGGCAUGAGUACUCAGGAUCUAUGAGGGCUCAGGAUCUAUCUGUGAGGAAGGAAAUGGUUAAAAAAAGGAACCCAAGCACAAUUGUGUCCCAAGCAAAGGAUUGCUGGAAACCUGGUAAGUGGAAGCUCACGUGAGUGAAUGCUUCUCCAUACAAUAAAAUAAAAUUCCCGUAGAUUUUUUUUAAGAAAUGCACUGUUGUGGAGAAGGCUAGGGUAGAACUCGUUUCCCGACAUUCUUUUUUAAAGUAGAAAGUCUCUGUUUUGUAUAUUAAGAAACAAUCUUAAUAUAACAAAGCCCAACAUAAAUUUACCAUCUAACAGAAAACUGUACCUGAACUGAACAUGCCACGUAUUUAUUAUUUGGAAAAUAAUUUUAUGAGUUAGAUUCAUUUCUAGUAAAAUCAAGAAGUGUUUUAUUAUUCACUGUAAUGGUGUGUAGAUUGUGUCCUAAGGCUGAGGAUUUCUCCCUAAAGCUGAACCAAAUAAUGGUUUAUUAGCAAAAGUCACUAUUAGUGACUGCCAACCGCAGUAGCCUUAAGGAAGCUAAAAUUUGUAACACUGUGAGAACUGCCCACUAUCGGUUUUGGAGUGGGGUUUUUGUUUGUUUGUUUGUUUCUGCUAACAAAUCUAUUGCCUGAUUGUACUGAUUUCUUUAAGUUGUGCAUUCUGCUAGUGCUUAACUGUGGACCUACCCUUCUAAAAAUUGCAGCCUUAAAGCUUAAUCCUAUAUGAGCCCCUCUGCUGGCAAAUCAUUGCAAAGUCAUGACCUGUGCUGUGCCGCUGACUGCCUCAGCUGAUCCUGGGUGUUAUGCCAGUACAGUGUGGUGUGUGGCAGAGUGGUCCUGCACUGAGAUGUCAUGUGACGCACAACUCUUACAUGGCAAGAGUGGGGCAGCUAAUGUUUGCUGCAAGCUAACAAGCAUUUCAGUUGCUCAGUCACCUUUCAUGGGUACACUGCUCUAUGCUAGAGAUAUGGUGGAAGGGCUUUCGGUGAGGUUGCGACUGAUGUAGGCAGCAAAACAGAAUGCAUCUGUGCUACUUCCCUGGCACAGGAUACGGUUGUACCAAUGACAGUAUACAGCACUUCAUGUCUUACCACAGAUCAGAGGACUCAAGCAUCAAUAGCGCUGAAACAUAGGAAACUGCCUUAUAGCAGGCCAAGCAGUUUGUCCAUCUAGCCCAGUGUUGUCUGCCUGUCUCAGGUAGAGGCCUUUUCCUCUUACCUGCUCCCCGAUCUGCUUUUUAACUGGAAAUGCAAGAGACUGAGCCUGUGACCUGUGUGCAAUGUAUGUGUGCCACUACUGAACUUUGGCCGCUUCUCACUUGUUCACUUGCAAAUGAGUGGUGACAGCAUCAAGAAAUUAUGAACUAAUAUGGCAUUCAUAAAACAUGGUGCGGGUUAAUAAUCUGAGCCAAAGCUGGCAGAAUCCUGUUGAGAGUUCCUGCUGGAAACCACUCAUUAUUUCAUGAGUCGUCCCCCCCCCCCUUGGAUACUAGCACAGCAUCAGCCCUUACCUACCAUCUUUUAAUAUUUUGUCACAUUAAUUGCGAUUUCAUUGGGUUUCCUUGCUUUGGAUAUUUGCAUACUCUUCUCCUAACCCUCCCCCCCCCCAACAUCCCUUGGGCUUUCACCUUCCUAUAGCACCCCCUCCCUCGCUGACGCUAUAAAACUGUUUACUUAAAUUAUGCACCAUAAAUCACCUUCUCUCCAGCUCCUUAAUCAUUUGGUUGCUCUCUGCUGAACUCUUUCCAAUUUGUCAAUCUUUGUGGUAACAAGACAUAAAGUGUGUAUGAUUGCAGUGUGCCAGGUUGGUUCUUCUCGUGGCUUUAAAUGGGACUGGAGACUCCUGUCCUUGAGGGUCAUAGGCGACAUUCAACUAAUAUUGGCUUAUAUCGGAGAUCACAUUGUGCCUUGUGCACUUCCUUUACUCAGGGAUAUUGCUUAAAUUUCUAAAACUUAUUGUCGUCCCCCUGCCCAAUUGCUAACCUGUGACUGUAACUCAGAAGACCAUGUGAAAAAUUCUGCACGCACAGCCACAUUUCCAAGAGUCUUUCCACUGCAUGUUUUACUUACUGCUAAGAGUGCCUUGCAGUUUUUCAUUUGUUGUUCUUUCACCUAGCACAGUUACUGGGGAGAAACUGCUUGCUCCUAGUUUUAAAAUGGGGAAAUUGUGUUGCUGGGGAAAGCACAUUAUACCCCAGCUAGCACUUCCAGUGUUCUUUAGAACUCCUUCCUUAUGUAUACUGGUUUGACAUCCACAUGGGGUGACAUGCACCCCUACUUGCUGAUCAAAAGACAACUGGCUGCCUGGGAAACAUGGUCAGGCCUUCUUGGUGGUGGCACCCUCUCCUCCAUUGGGAAACCUGUCUAUGACCAACUUUCCUGAGGCUUGAGAUGACAGGUGAAGAUCUUUUUAAUGAGACUGGGUCAGUUUGGAAGCUGAAAAUGCUAAAUACUAUUUUAAUUGACUUAUUGAUAUAUAAAUGCUAAAUAAUAUUUUGACUUACUGAGUUUUAUAUACUUUCUUUUAAAUAUUGCAGUACUAUGGUUGAUGUUAGCUGUUUGGGUGUUGUAUGGCUGGAAUGUCAGUUGAGAUAGUAAAAUGAACAACCAAACAAGCAAAUAAGCUAGAGAUAUAGACAGAUAUGUACCUCUGAGACUGUGGUUAUAGGAAUAUCAUAGGGGCCCAUUGACUAGUGCUUCCAUGAGAUUGCAGGUAGCCUGUAUUGGCCAUCACUCCUGUCCCUUACUACCGACCAUACCAUUUUGUAAGCUUUUAAAAAAGUAUUAAUUGAAUUUUAUUACUUUUCUUUUGCAAAGAUGUUUUUGCUGCCUGCACACAAGCAUGACCACCACAUGUGCUCAUGCAUAAAAAAGCAUGGCAGCCCGAAUUAGGCAUCCAUCUUAUGCUGAGUCCAACCACUGGUCCAUUGAGCACAGUGCCAGAGAUGGAUCCUUUCUAUCCCUCUUGACAUAGUUGGACUCCAACUCCCAUCAGCCCCAGCCAGCAUGACCAAGGGUCAGAGAUGAUGGAAAUGGUAGCCCAACAUGGGACCACAAGUUCUCUUUCCUUGGUCUACAAUGACUGGGAGACCUCUUCAGAAUUUCAUGUGGGGACUUCACCAUUUCUACCUGGAGAUGCCUUGGUGUUGAACUUGUGUGUGCAUCUAUAGCAGAUGCUAUACCACUGAGUUAGCAAGGAAUCUGAGAAGAAGGGCAGGUUCUAGGAUAACAGCAGGUAUCAUAUUGGAGGCAGGAGAUUCCAGUUUAACUGGGUGACCAGACAAAUGCACGCAAGCUUAAGCAAAAGUAUGCGAAUAGGCAUCAUUUUAAUUGCAACGCAUUAUUGUGUUACAUUUCCCGCUGCUUCUGCUCCAUAGAGCUCAGAGCAGUUCAUGCGGCUCCUGCAGGGUGGACUGUUCAUGUGGUUCUGCCCAGCAUUGUGGUCCUUUACGGCUGCACUGUGGGAACAAUGUUCUCACACAGAUAGUCAUCAGAAUACUCCAAGCAAUGAAGCUGUAUUGGUGCCCGUGUGCCAGAACUUAGUGUUGUGGCCAACAGGGAGCCCCCUUUCUGAGCCCUACAUACUGUACUUACCUCAUGACUCUUGCAUAGGAGACAAUGGUACCCACCAUGGAAUAAGAGCCAACAUGUGGUACCCUCAUAUUGCAGAGGAGUGAAGGAGAGAUACUUCGUGGCUAUGGAACUUUUAAAAGUCAGAAGAUAUGGUUGGAAUGUAUUAUCCGAGAUUCACACACUUGA